AUGCCAAAGGCAAUUACUCCGUCUUCUACGUCUGCUAAACAUGGUCGGCGGCACAAUCCUCUUGAGGCGGACCUCACAGCUAGUGUCUCUCAAAAGAUUCGCUUAUCCAAAAGAGUUUCACAAUACCAAGAUGAGGGCGAUAGCUUCAUCGAUUCCAAAGCUUCAAGACGAAUACUGCAAAUGGGACAACAGUUAGUCGACGAAGAUAUCGAUGAAACCCCCGAAAUUCUUAAAUCAACAUUCAAUUUUGAAGAGAGGUCAACGGAUGAUGAUGAAGAAUCGGAAGAACCACUAGACCAAUUUGAAGAAUGGGGUGUCGAUGAAGAAGAAGAAGAAUUAGAAGUUGCAGACAUUGAUACUUUCAAUAAGUUCUUUCCAGAAGAUGAAGAUGUAUUGCUGAAGCAGGGAUGGGGAGCCGAGUCCAUUGACAACAACAAAGACACGGGAACAAAUCUUGCCGACAUAAUACUGCAAAAAAUAGCAGCGCAUGAAGCAGCUCAAGCCAAUACAGGGAGGAGUCACAACAUAACAAUGAAGUCUUGUAAUAAUGCGGAUGAAAUACCUGAGAAGGUUAUAGAGGUAUAUACAAAAGUCGGACUCAUACUUUCGAGAUACAAAUCUGGAAAACUUCCAAAGCCCUUCAAAAUUCUUCCAACUAUUCCCCGCUGGGAAGAAAUACUUGAAAUCACUAGGCCGGAUAAAUGGACAGCAAAUGCCUGCUAUGAGGCCACAAAAAUAUUUAUUUCCAGUAAACCAGCAACGGCCCAACAAUUCAUGGAAACAGUCAUCCUUGAGCGUGUGCGAGAAGAGAUUCAUGAAACAAAGAAGUUAAAUGUUCACCUAUUCAAUGCACUAAAAAAAGGCCUCUAUAAGCCCGCCGCGUGGUUCAAAGGCUUUCUUUUCCCGUUGAUUGGAUCUGGGACCUGUACUCUACGAGAAGCACACAUCGUAUCCGCUGUGCUAGUACGCGUGUCUGUCCCCGUGCUUCAUUCAGCAGCUGCACUCAAAGGCUUGUGUGAUAUAGCUGCGCAAGAAACUUCAACCGGAACAGAAGGAGGGGGUGCGACGAAUGUUUUCAUCAAGGCUCUUCUCGAAAAGAAGUAUGCUCUUCCAUAUCAGGUAAUAGAUGCUCUAGUUUUCCACUUUCUCCGAUUUAAGGUUCCAACUCUCAAUAAUGCUGCCGAGACGGAAGGAGGGAAAGGCGAAUAUGGAGCGGUAGGGGCAAAAGACUCCCGCCUACCUAUUAUUUGGCAUCAAUGUCUUCUCGCCUUUGCUCAAAGAUAUAGAAAUGAUAUUACAGAAGAUCAGAGGGAAGCAUUACUAGACCUUCUCUUGACUAAGGGGCAUUAUAAAAUUGGGCCUGAAAUCAGGAGAGAGCUACUUGACGGAAGAGGCAGAGGCGUCGCACUUGAGGUUGACGUUAAUGCCAUAGAUGGUGAUGAUACUAUGAUGUUGGAAUAA